AUGUCAUCAAAUACUCGAUUGCCGGCUCCAAAAGACGAGAAGAACGAGAAUGCGCCAGUAGAUGAGAACGAUGAAGAAGAAAUCAUUUGCGUUGAGAAGUGGAAUCAAAGUGAUUUGAAAAAUGCUUGUGAUGAUUAUAUCCAGAAAUAUUUGACAAAAAAGGCGCAUUACAGCCAGUACCACACUCAUACUGACGUGAAGUUGGUCCUUGGGUAUUUAUCAUGUGUCUUUGCAUUGGGUGGCGGUGGAUAUACAUACUAUAUUCCGUUUGAAGAGUCUAAACAGUUGACUCUUGUCUGCGUUGCUGCGUAUCCUUUUUGCGUUGACGAAGUGAAGGAGAAGAAGGAUGUCUUAGCGCUUCAUGCGAUAAUUAUUGAGCGCGAUAUUAUAUUUGUGGGCGUCCCAUCAGAAGGAGAGAAGACCCACAAACUAACAAUCCACACACAUACAAAGAGAUAUUCUGAUAUUUAUUACAUAACCUUUGAAUCAUCGACCAACACAACUCACAGCACUCAAUCCUCGUCUACUGCCACAGCACAGCUUGUUGGUAAUGUCAAAUAUACAAUCGAGAAAUCAUUUGGCGCUUGGUUUGAUGAACAUGGAGCCUUGGAUAUAGAGAAGUUUGGAGAGUGUAUUGAACAAGGACUAAAAUUUGUCAGAUCAGGAGGAAAGCCUCAUGAGGAAUGA